GCUCCUAACGACUACAAUAGCUCCCAAGUUACCAAGGUCUCGUCUUCAUCCCCGUCCCAGCGUCAUUCGACUUGCAGUUCAUCUCUCUGUCGCUCCCUCGGCGUAGCAUUUCUAGGGUUUUGGUUUUGGGAGAAGAUUUGCAGUUAAACUGAGGAGUACGUUUCCGUUUAUUUCAGGAUCAAUACUUUGUUAGGGGAAGAAAAUGUCUUCUUUGGGAACUUCCAAGGGAAUACUUGAGAUCGCCAAGUUCGGGAUCUAUGUGACCGUUCCCAUCGUUCUUAUGUAUGCCUUCGCUAACAAUACUAAGAAUAUUCAGAAAUUCAUGGGAAAUCAUUCUUAUAUAGUGUAUCCCCCUGAGGGACCAAGGCCUCCGUCACCAGAGGAGCUAAGGGAGAUGGCCCGUGAACUAGCCCGCAAGAACAAAAACCAUUGAAUGUUCUUUGCGUUUGUAAGUGACUAUUGACUAUUGUAGCUUUUCAGUUGUAUUUACGGGUGCCUCUGAAAAAUCAAGAUAGUGUGAUAUCCAGGAAGGAAAGUCAUAAGGCUCAUUUUGAAAGCUUGAAUGACUUGUUUUGUAUGACUAAUGCUCAUAAAUCACUUUUAUAUAUUUCUUUUU